AGUCACCUCCUUCCUCAUUUCCAGCAUCAUAUCAAUUUGCUUCUUGAAGUGCACACAACAAAAACAACAAAACUUGAUAAAACUUUCAUAGUAUUUUUUUGUUCCAACUUUUUGUCUGAAAAUUAUAUUAUGGCAAUGAGUAUGUCACACCAGAUCGGGGCAUUAUCAGGAACAGCGGAGACAGGUGGAGUUUCCGGCGAAGUUCCGGCGAAGGGAAGUGCAGCUGCAGUAUCAGCUAUGUGGAGAACACCUAUGACUAAUCUAAGAGUAUCUGUGCAGAAAACAGGUGCUGACGUGGACAGGGUAUCGCCGACGCCAUCGCCACCGUUGAGUCCGAUGAGAGGAGGAAUGAGAUCGGAUUUAUCGGUGGCUUGUCAAGCGUUAAUGGAAGCUCCGGUUGAGGUCGCCGAGAGAGAGCAUAAAUUAGGGAAUUCGGGGGAGAAAGGGAAAGGAGUGCCGGUAUUUGUAAUGAUGCCAUUGGAUAGUGUGAAAAUGGACCAUACAGUGAAUAGGAGGAAGGCGAUGAACGCGAGUUUGCAGGCGUUGAAGAGUGCCGGAGUGGAAGGAAUAAUGAUGGAUGUGUGGUGGGGAUUAGUGGAGAGAGACACGCCAGGAGAGUAUAGUUGGGGUGGUUAUGCUGAGCUUUUGGAAAUGGCGAAAAAGCAUGGGCUCAAAGUACAAGCUGUUAUGUCCUUUCAUCAAUGUGGAGGAAACGUCGGUGAUUCCUGCACGAUCCCUCUUCCAAGGUGGGUUGUUGAGGAGAUGGAGAAGGAUCCAGACCUUGCAUACACGGAUCAGUGGGGAAGGAGGAAUUUUGAAUACGUAUCGCUCGGUUGUGACACCCUUCCAGUUCUUAAAGGGAGGACUCCUGUCCAAUGCUAUUCUGAUUUCAUGAAAGGGUUUAGAGAUAGAUUUGAGAACCUGCUAGGGGACACCAUUGUGGAAAUUCAAGUUGGGAUGGGUCCCGCUGGAGAGCUCCGUUAUCCAUCCUAUCCUGAACAAGAUGGAACAUGGAAAUUCCCUGGAAUUGGUGCUUUUCAGUGUUAUGACAAGUACAUGAUCAGCAGCUUACAGGCUGCAGCAGAAACUUUUGGCAAGCCUGAAUGGGGAAGCACCGGUCCAACAGACGCUGGUCACUACAACAAUUGGCCAGAAGAUACCAACUUUUUCAAGAAGGAAGGCGGUGGAUGGGAUAGUCAAUAUGGGGAGUUCUUCCUCACUUGGUAUUCUCAAAUGCUUUUGAACCAUGGUGAGAGAAUAUUGCAAUCAGCUAAGGCUUUAUUCGAGGACAAGGGCGUUAAGAUUUCAGUUAAGGUCGCAGGCAUUCACUGGCACUACGGAACAAGGUCACAUGCCCCUGAGCUGACAGCUGGAUACUAUAACACCCGUUUCCGAGAUGGUUACCUUCCCAUUGCUCAGAUGCUUGCCCGCCACGGUGCAAUUUUCAACUUCACAUGUGUUGAGAUGCGCGACCAUGAGCAGCCACAAGAUGCACAGUGUGCACCUGAGAAGUUGGUUAGGCAAGUGGCAUUAGCAACUCAGGAAGCUCAAGUUCCACUUGCUGGGGAGAAUGCAUUGCCACGAUAUGACGAUUAUGCACAUGAACAGAUCCUUCAAGCAUCCUCAUUGAAUAUCAACGAUCAAUCAGGUGACAGAGAGAUGUGCGCCUUUACAUAUUUGAGGAUGAAUCCGGACCUGUUCCAUCCUGACAAUUGGAGGCGAUUCGUUGCCUUUGUGAAGAAAAUGAAAGAAGGAAAAGAUGUUAACCAGUGCCGAGAACAAGUAGAGAGGGAGGCAGAGCAUUUCGUGCAUAUAACUCGGCCUUUAGUGCAAGAAGCUGCAGUAGCCCUCAUGCACUAGGCACAUCAAGUCUGUAAAAUUUAUGCAUAAUUGAUCCCUUCUAACAUGCAGUUUUUCAACAUGUUACCGGGAUCUUAACUUUAUUGUUCUUCUUAUGUUGUAAAACCUAUCACCGUGUAAUUUUUCAAAGUUAGAUGUAUGUCUUAAUGAAAUGAUACAUAAUUCAGUUUAGUAAA